GCAUAAGUGAUGGUGAAGGAAUUAGGCAGUUCUAAAGAUUAAAGUGCCCAAACAGAACAUUUCGCCUUUGUACGUUCGAGAAGGAAAGAAUCUGGGUGUUCUCUUUUCAGGCUGUACAUAAGUCGAGCAGGCGGUGCUCAUGUUUUGGACUCGCGAACAUGGCCAUGGAAGGAUUAAGAAGGUUCUGCAAAUCAUGGUUCUUCACCGGCUGCGUCCUCCUGUUCGCUUUAGCAGCUGCGGGAAACGAAACCCGCGCCUCCCAAAACAAGAACAACUGCACCUACGCCAUAACCAUAGAAACGACGUGCGCCGACGGGGCCGAGACCUCCAACCACGUGGCGGUCCGGUUCGGCGACACCAACUCCACUGACAUCGUCGUCCGUCGCCUCAAUGCCAAGCCUUUCCGCACCCUCGAUCCCCUACAGCCCGACGGUCCCCUCGACGACGUGCCCCAGAAGGCGUUCCGAGCCUGCACGGUGGACGAGGUCCGCGUCGUCGGCGAAUGCGUCGAGUCGCCGGUCUGUUACCUCUACUUGAAGCUCGCCGGCAGCGACGACUGGCGACCGGGUUUCGCCAAGGUCCAAGUCCUCGAGGGACCCCAUCUGAGCUCCGAGUAUUUUUACUUCCGUCGAUAUUUGCCGCGACGAGUUUGCACGGCUCCGAUUCCUGCCAGAAGGAGGUCACUCCUUUUGGAAUUAAGAGCAAAAGGAAGGGCUUGGCAACGAAGAGAGUUGUCGUUUGAAAGAAAGGAGUUGUAUACCGUUGGACAUUCUUGUUUGUAAAUUAUGUGCAGCUUCUAUGUUUCUUUUAUCAGCUUGUUAGAGCUAAAAUAAAAUUGUAAUGUUCAACGUAACAAGCUUUAGUUAAAUAACUAACCCUACCAAAGUUUGUUCACUGGCAAAAAAAUUGUGCUUAUACCAAAUCUCAUGCGAAGUAUAGUUUUA